UCUCCUUCCUCAUCGCAGAACUCGCUUAUUUCUCUCUCUACAAUCCCCAAUUUCACAUUCAGUUACACAUUCAAUUUCACUCUCCGCGCUGCAAAUCGAGCUAGGAGCUUCGUUUUUCAUCCAAUGGAGGAAGUAAUUAAGAAACGAGCCAGGGACGAAACGGAAACGGAGGAGAUUGACUCGCCGGAGGUGAAGCGGCUGAGGGAGGAUCUGCUGGACGGAAACGACGAGGAUUCCGAUCUCUGCACCUCGAUCCACGACCUCGACUCGUUCAUGAAGAGCUUCGAGGAGGAAAUCACCGCCUCUCCCGCUUCCGGUCACGGAUCCGGAGCCUCCGGGGAAGGAAUCGUUGAAUCGGUGUCGGAUUACGGCGAAUCCGGAGCGAUUGACGAAGGAAUCGUCGAAUUAGCUUCAAAUUCCGGCGAAUCGCGGUCGGAUCUAGGCUAUCUGCUCGAGGCGUCGGACGACGAGCUAGGGAUUCCGCCUCCUGCAUCGUCUCCUGCGAAGGAGCUGGUGACGGUCGAGUCGGACUCGUCUGAGUUCGGAGGCGAGUUUUGGGAGGUGGAUGAGUUCGGGUUCGGGUUUGGGGGAGGUGAGAGUGGUAGCGGUGAAUACGUGGCGCUGGACGGGUUGUUUGACUAUUCGGAUGUAGGAUUCGGGUCGGGUGAUGUGGUGUGGAGACCCGAGACGUUGCCGGCGCAGUGAGGGUGAGGGGUUUUUUGUUCCCACCUUAUGCUGGCGUUGGUGUUAGGCGAAGAAUAUUGUUAAUAUAUCAAUUUAUUUUAUUUUAUUA